UAACCUUGGUGUAUCAGAGUGACACUCUAACCAACUGAGCUACUCGGUGGGGCUAUUUCUGUUUUAAUGUGUAGAUUUCCCCUUUACAAAGCUCAGAACUUUUACAAAUUUGCCUGCCCCAAGGGUCACAAACUUGCAGCUGGACUGAAUGUGGCCCAUAGCUAUUUUGUUUAAAACAGUAAUUUAGAAUUUGGAAACUUUUCACAUUAAAAAUAUAAAUAUUCAGCGAGUCUUCAAAAACUCUGGCAACACUAAGUGCUCAUUUUCCACAUGGAAACAGUUGGCUAGAACUGAGAAUCUGCCGUUCGCUGAAAGCAAGUCCACUGCUCUUCGGUUCACCCAAACCCCAUUAUCUCCGGAUCUGGACUACUGCGCCCAUUACAGCCACCACCUGCUCCUGGGGCAUUUAGAUAAUGAAAUAAAGGGCAGAGGACCUUAACUCUGCCAACACAGGAUAGCUCCAGUAUCAUCACAACUCAAGAUCUGCCCCUCCUUUUCUUAUAAAGCAGGCGACAUACCAGCCAACCAUAGUCAAUUGCAAAAACUCCCAUAUUCUGUCUCAUUGGUUAAAAAAGAGUGUUCCUGAAAUGCACUGGCUGUUUCCUCUGCCUUGAAAACUUGCCUGAAAAUAUCCACAUGACUAGCUCCCUCACCUGGGUGGGACAGGUGUUAAAUUCUGCCUUACUUUGCACUUUUCUCCAUCUCACCCCUACCUUUAGCAUCACCUCCACACAAAAACAUCUGCUCUAAGUGGUGGGGGAGCGCCAAGCUUAUAUUUCCCACGAACAAUUCAGCUGGGCAGCCUCCAGCUCCUCUUGAAGGCCUUUCCCCUCGUCUGAACUGGGCUUGGCACCUAGUCAGCAUAUCUGCCUUCCAGAAGAUUAAGAACCUUUCUCACACAGUUUUCUAUUUGAAGAGAUUCUGUUCAGAUAGAUCCCUCAUCCUCAAGGUGAUGGAAGAUCUAGAGGAAACAUUUGAAGAACUUGAGAACUACUCGUAUUCCUUGGACUAUUCCUCCCCAGAGUCUCCUUUGGAAGAGAAAGCCCCCCUGGAAGUUGCUCACUGGGUCUCCCUGGUGUUGUACUGUUUAGCAUUUGUUCUGGGCAUUCCAGGAAAUGCCACUGUCAUUUGGUUCACGGGUUUCAAGUGGAAGAAGACAGUCACCACUUUCUGGUUCCUCAAUCUGGCCGUGGCGGAUUUCAUUUUCCUUCUCUUCCUGCCCCUCUAUAUCGCCUAUGUGGCCAUGAAUUUCCACUGGCCCUUUGGCCUCUGGUUGUGCAAGGCCAAUUCCUUCAUCGCCCAGUUGAACAUGUUUGCCAGUGUUUUUUUCCUGACGGUGAUCAGCCUGGACCGCUACAUCCAGUUGGUCCAUCCUGUCGUAGCUCAUCGGCACCGCACGCUAAGGAACUCCCAGAUUGUUACUGUGCUCGUGUGGCUUUCGGCUUCUCUAAUCGGUGGUCCUUCCCUAUACUUCCGGGAGACCAUGGAGGUGAAUGACCACAUUGUUUGCUACCACAAUUUCCACGAGCAUGAUUCUGACCUCGCUUUGAAGAGGCACCAUGUUCUGACCUGGGUGAAAUUUGUGAAUGGGUACCUUACCCCUUUACUUACAAUGAGCAUUUGCUAUUUGUGUCUCAUCUUAAAGGUGAAGAAGCAAAGCAUCCUGGUCUCUAAUAGGUAUUCCUUGACCAUCCUAGCUUUGGUCCUGGCCUUUUUGAUUUGCUGGACUCCUUAUCACAUGUUUAACAUUUGGGAGCUCGCGAUACACCACGGUGGCUACUACCAGCAGGUGCUGCGAGCUGGCCUCCCCGUCUCCACCGCUUUGGCAUUCCUCAAUAGCUGCUUGAAUCCCAUCCUUUAUGUUCUAAUUAGUAAGAAGUUCCAAGCGCGCUUUCGAGCCUCGGUUGCUGAGAUACUAAAGUACACGCUGUGGGAAGUCAGCUGCUCUGGCACGGUGGGCGAGCAGCUUAGGAGCUCUGAAACCAAGAAGUCGGGUCUCCAGGAAACAGCUCAGUGAAAUCCUUCUCUCCCACAAAUCAGCAUAAGGCUUUCGUGUGGGUCCCCUGACAGAUGCUUUCAGAUUAUUUGGUUCCAAGAUACCGAGCUGACCAUAGCUUUUUGUUGUUGUUUUUGGUCAGUUUGUUAGCAUCACAUUUUUGUGUGGAUAUAAAAUUAAGGAAGGAUCUCCAUUUUUUUUUCGCCUGCCACUUAUAUUAUGUGUCAUUCUUGCUAAUUAUACCAUAGUGGAUUAAUGACCACUGUGGAGGUGAGAUCAGUUAUUAUUUUAAAAAUCUUAAUAACUUUCUCUAAGUCCUAAAUCUUAAUAUUAAAUAUGUGAUCAACUCAUUUGAAAAAUGGAAAAUUAAAUUUGCUUAAGUUCACUUUAAUUUAACCUAUUAGACAAAUUCUUAAAAUGCAACGUGUACUUCUUUAUUUCAUGUAACCUUUGUAUAUACAUUUAUGAAUUAAACUAAUAGUUGGUUAUAGUAGUUUAAAACAUUCUUCCAGUUGGCUAUUAAUAAAUUAUCUUUAUUGUUGAAAGUAUUACAGAUGUCCCCUCCCCACCCAGCCAGUUGGUUAUUAAUGCUUCGUAAACUGCCCCCAAAUCUAGUUGCUUAAAACAACAAUUUAGUAGUAUUACAUCUCACAAUUCAGAGCCAGGAAUUCAAACAAAGCACAGAAGAGAGGGUCCUCUCUGCUUCACAGUGUCUGGAGCCUCAGCUGGACUGGGAAUACCCAAAUGGCUGAGGUUUCCAACAGCUGGUGGCUGGCUGAGCAGCUCUCUUCCCUUCCCUCUUCUCUCCCCAUCCCUGCCCUCCCUUCAACCUCUCUCCCCUCCUACCCCCUCUCUCGCCUCUCUUUUCUCCCUCUCCCUUCUUCACACAGCUGCUCCCACAUGGCACCUCAGGGUAGCCAGACUUCUUAAAUGGCAAUUUAGAGCUCUGAGAAACCAAGGUGGACAUUUCCAGUCUUCCUAAAAGCUGUGCCCUGCACAAACACAGUAUCACUUCCCUUGUACUAGUAUUUUAUUGGUUAAAGCAGAUAUAAGCCUUUUAUUUCUAUAAUGAUCUUUAUAUAAGCACCAAUAAAGCAACCUUUAAGUCAGAUGAAAAUCUGUUGCCUUAUAGACUGUAAUAAUAUUCUGCCCUGUUUUCAUUUAUUCCUUUAGCAAAUCGGUGGGUAUUGAAGAGAUACCAGAACCAUGGUAUAUAGACAUUGAGAAUGCCAAGAAUCAUAAGGUACUUACAGUUUAGAGAGUGAGAUUUAAGUUGCAUAAAAACAAUCACAGAACAAGGCAGAUAGUAAUAAGGGCCAUAGGAGAGCCAGGAAAAGAAAUGGCAUCUAGGUAAAGAAACAUUGGAAUUCUAUGUCCUUGCCUUUGAGGUUCCCUAAAGAUUCUGCUCCUAUCUUUUGUCCCUGCUGAUAUCCUCAUCUUUUAUGAGUAUAAAAUCUGCUAUUCACUGCAAAUUUAAAAAUAGGCUUAAUUAUAUAUAAUUUCUCAAUUUUAUUUUGAAAGUUAUUAGGGGGGCUAUGUUAUUUCUUGAUUUAACACCCUUUUAAACUCUUUAUUAAGGUAUUACUUACGUGUCCUUAUCCCCCUUCACAUCCUUUUUUAUUUCAUCUCUUCGUUUUGGAAAUGCUAAUAUCAGGUCAUUUAUUGGCUGUGUUCUUUAUUGUUAGCCCCAUGGAACAAUCAGGUCUGGCUUUGGAAAUUAUCCCACCAAAAUGUGUGGCAUAGCUCAGCCUGUCCUCAACCUGAUCAUUCCCAAACUCAUGGUUUCUGCCCUGUGCAGUGUAGGUUAAGGAAAGGCCGGGAGAGAAAGGCUCUUUGUGCAGCCUUUACCCUUGACCCUCCACCACCAGGGUUUGAGAUUUUCCACUCUGGGUUCCCUUUGACCCUUGAGGGACAGGUCCUGGGUUCCCAGGAUCAGGAGAGAAGCUGGAGGAUCCAAGAAAAAAAAGAAUUUCUUAGUCUCAUCCUUUUUUGAGCAAAUGGAGACUCAGGGAUAUGGGAGAAAGAGUUGAGGAGCAGGAAAGGGAUUAAGCAGCCAAGAGCAGGAGGAAAUCAGUGGAGCAGGUGGCUUUCUGGAAGUUACAUUUCAAGGCUUUCUAACCUUAGUGGGUUAGGAGCCCACGCAGAGCCAUUUAUUGAAUUUGGUUCAGUGGGUACAGUGUUGCAGGCUUGUGAGCUCUGCAAGGGCCUAUGACGAUAUUUGAGAUCUUAAAAAACAUUAUUGGAUCUAGAAUACAACAAGAAGACUGAAAAAGUAAAAACAAAUACUUAAUUACAUGUCUAUAAAAUAUACCUUCAUGUCACUUGGUCAAAGGAAGUAUUUAAUAAUUAUCUAAAAAUGUAUUUAACAUGGAUUUCAAUAUGUUUCAAUAUCUGAUGUGAGGAGUGGAGCUUCCAAAAAGAAAAAUGCUUUAAGGAAGGUUUACAAAGGUCUUAGAGGAAUUCAUUUAAGAAUCUAAUGAAAGUUAUGAGUUCUUUCUACAGAAAAAUGCUUUUAAAUAAAAUAUCAGGGAGGCCUUAGGCCCCAGGCUAAGAAUUCCCCUGUUUAGUAGCUUUUAAAAUAGCUGCCAGUGGGAAUGUUGAUUGGGACUCACUAGGAGAAAGCAGUAACCAGUACAGGUACUUUCCAGCAGAAUAAUUUUUUGUUCUCAGUCUGAGGGAAGAUCCAAGGAGGAAAAUAGAAGGACCCACACUUAGACCGAGGACUGGGUACUCCAAACCUCCUCCCCGGUGGUUGGAAUCUGGUCAAUGAGGCUUACUAGGGGUCUAAUAGCCAAGAGUAGGAUGAAUGACUAAAAAGACAGAAGUGGGAGGCUGGACAGGCAUUGCAGCAAUUUGGAGAGGAAGCGAGGGAGCUCAGUGCCGAGUUGGCAGGAGGGUAAAGAAUCCCAGGAAGCUCAGGGACUUGAGCACAGACUUAUUGAGACAGACCUGCCUCCUCCUCAGUGAUAGGAAGCUCUUAGGAAUAGCUCUAGGGCAAGUCCCAAGGCCUCCGGAGGCUGAAUAUCUAGAUUUGGAUUAUGGCUCCAACACAUCCUAGCACUGGGAGCUUGGCUAAAGUAAUUCAUAUUUCUAGACCUCAGUUUUCCUUAUCUGUGAAAUGGGUAUAACAAUAGUAUCUGCCACAUAAGGCUAUUGGGAAAAUUAAAUGAGUUGAUGCAGGUAUUUACAGGGCUUCAUCUAAAAGCACUUAAAGUGGUACUUAGCCCUAUAAAUUCCCGAUAAAAAUUAGCUAGAUUAGCUAGUGUUAUCCUUACUCAGUGAGAUUCCUGGCAUGUUCUGACAUUGGAACUUGCUUAGGAAAUGUUAGAUUCCUUCCUCCUCUCCUCUUGAAUGAACAUCAAAAUUUCAUAGGAAGAAUCAGGUAACUACACAGACAACUUUAAAACAAGACAGUUUAUAAGUACUGCAAAAGAAUAAUGUGCUGGGAGGCUGCAAGGGGCAGGAAGGAACAGAAUUUUUUUUAAAAAAGACCUCUUGCAAGAGGUAGUUGAAGUGCAUUUUGAAAAAUGACUACCAUUUGACAAAGUGCGGUGAGGAAAGAGGCUAUUUUAGAUGGAUGGCACAGCAAGAGCAAAUGUGCAGAGAUUGGAAAACACGGGGCUGUGUUCAGAAAAGACAAUAGUCCCAUUUUAUAGGGACAAAGUGAAGAUGGGAGAUUCGGAAUUGAUGUCAGGCGUGAAGAGCAAUCCAUAGUUCUUCACUACGCUUACAUAUGGGCAAUGAAUAUUUAUAAGUCUAUGGACACUUCCUUUGAUUUUUACUUUCCUGAAAACUAUUCAGGCCAAUGAAAUUCCAAACGAUAGACUCAUUUGGGAUAUUUCCUGAAUGCAACUAUUAUCACACAGGGCAUGCAAUGAGAGGAUGUCUGUUUACCAGUCUCCAUUUCCAAUUUAAGUUUACCCUUAAGUGAUACCUUCUCACUCUCCCUGAGGGUAUGAAGCAAGGGUUACACUGAUGAAAUGGGAUUAAAUUGUAUAAAAGCAGGGAUGAAGAACUUUCCCCAUUCUAUUACCAACACAUUAGUGGACUCUGAAGACCUCUCACUAGAGUAAUCAGGCAAGUCGUCUUUCAGUACUCCCUCUAAUCUAUAAAUGGUGAUAACAGUGUCUGCCUUGUUUAUCUCCUUGGGUUAUUAUGAAGUUCAAAUUAGACAAUGUAUAUGAGGCGUGUAUUUUUUUUAACCUUUUUAUCCUAAGGACAAUAAUUGCCAUUGCCAAAUUGUA